AUGGAUGCGCAUGCGACUGCUGCAAUCUUCAGUGGCCAAUGUGUCAAUCUCGAUGAAAUUGUGCUCUGCCACCUCUAUCGCGGUCUGUAUACUAUCGUGAACCGUGUCAAGGAGGCUCCAAGCGAAGGUAGCAUCCUCAGUGUUGGCCCUUUAUGGCUACUACAACUUUGGUUGCAUGCUUAUUUCCCAAUGACUCGCGGCCCUCUAUCAGCUCUUCAAACGGCAGUUCAAGAUACCACCAUGCUCACAUAUGGCCAUUGUUUGGCUAAAGCAGCUUCGCGAAAAGGGGAUUUUGCUAAUUAUUUCACCUUCUUUUAUGGGGUCAAAGGAAUCCCCAGCUUCACUCUUUUCGCGGAACGGAUAUUCGGCCCCGCUUCGUUCAAACUCGUUUUUGACGAGCCACCACCGCGAGGUGAUCCCGCUGUCGCUGCUUACCAUGAGUUCAUCGAGGAGCGCAAACGCUACCUAACAGCUCGGGACCUCCUCUUUGCCCCUACCGGCUCAGAAGUACUCAAUAUUGAGACGUACAACCCUCAACUUGCAGCUCGACAAUUCAACCUCGUUCAAGCAUGGCCUAUGUUACCUCCCCUGUCCUUGAAUUUUCCAGCAUUCCACACCCGCUCUUCGGAGCUUACCGCUGGACAAAUUAUGGAGGUACGAGGUUACCAAGAAUCUGCACAAUACUUUCCUCCUCAUAAAAACGUGGUGAAUAAAGUCUCGCCCCAGUUCAAGGAUGCAUGGAGUCCACUAGCAUCCCGCAUUUUCGGCAAGCCGUUAUCUGAUAUCCUCGCCCGGCUUGCUCCUGACCACGAUGGUGGUUCAACUACGUCAGCAUUCAAUACUCACUUGAAACGGCGAGCAGGUAUGAUCCUCGUCCUCGCACUCCUCUUUAUGCUUGUCGUGACAUUCAUAUUUUAA